AUGAAUACUACUUUAAAUAAAUACAAUAAUUUAUACCAAAAAAUUGUUCAAGGCUCUCACCAUAAUCACAUGUUUGAUGAAGAGUAUUACGCAGAUGAAGACAUAAGUAAUGACAUCGCUCUAUAGGCUAUUCUACGCAAUAAAAAAUUAUGUGGUCCUGUUCUCUAUACCACCACAUUUGGAUUUAAAAACAAUAUUUAAUUACAGGGCUAGCAAAGCAAAAUAUCAUAAACAUAAAAAUCUUUCGGGGCUAUGUCAAACAAAUAAUAAAAAAACGGGGCUUUCACAUACGAUAGUUUAAAGCAAAAGAUCAUACUAAAAGAUAUUAUUUCAGAUGCAGCUUCGACUAUUAAAGCUCCCGUAGCUACUCGAAUUGUAGAGUAUAAUCUUUAAUCUAAAUAAAUUAAAGAUACAAAUAUUCAUGACUUGAUUAAUAAUUUAGACUACUUUAGUUAGUUUUCCAUAAAAGAACUUAUUUUGAAUCUUUCAUAGAACCCUUUAUGCGAUAAUGGAUUCGUCUAGUUAAUUAAUCACCUCCCUAUAUUCACUACUGCAGAAUUAAUCACAAUUAAUCUUGAAAACACUCAUAUCACAGAUCACUCUCUACGUUCUCUAAAUAGAAUCUCUGGACAUUUUGAAAAUUUAAAAGAAAUGUAGUUAUUGCUCAAAAAGACUUUAAUCACAGAGAAAUAAUCAUUCACUCUUGUUGAUACUUUUAACAAUAAUGGAAUCGAUCUAGAAGUUAGUUGUGAUUUUGAUAAAGUCAAUAUUUACUCAUCUGAAGUUUCACAAAACGCUAAGCAAGGUGUAGAAAUGACUUAAUCCAAUAUUAGCAACUCUUCAAAUGUAAGCAAUUUAAGUAGAGCAAACUCAAAGCUUCAAUCUAAAAUAAAUGACAAAAUUACUACUUAAGUAUUUAGUACUGGAUCUUUUUCUUAAACUAAUAUAGGAUCUUCAGAAAUGAAUACCAAUUCCUUCCAAUAAAAUUUCAAUAAAUCUUCUCUAGGCAGUAACUUAGGUAUGUCAUCAAGUUAAAUAAGCUAAUCUCUACAAGAAGAAGACGUUAAACGUAAAAGUCCAGAAGAAUUAGCUGCAGAGAAGAACUAUGAAGAUGGGUAUGGAAAAGGUUUUAAAAUUCUUAUGGGAUUAGGAUAUAAAGUGGGUAAAGGUCUAGGAAAAAAUGAUUAAGGCAUAACAGAGCCAGUUUAACCAUAAAAUAAAAGCAAAUUUAAAGAGAAUAAUCAAAGUAAAGCAAGUAUGGACUACUUUGAAUCAUUAUCAAAUAAAACUCAAUCUUAGCAAGGUUUAUCUAAAAUGGUUAAAUUUGAAAAGAAAUCUACUCUAAUAAUCAACUAAAAACCUACUGAUUAAGAUACAGAAGAUGACAAUACAUCACCAUCGACAUCUAGUAAUUCAAAAAUAGAGUAAAUGGAGCUCUAAAAAACUUCAUCCUAGUCAAAGGGCUCUGCAAAUAUAAAACAAAAUAAUAAUCUCUCUCCAUUUAAUCAAUAUUAAGGAAUUAACAUGUAUGGAAAUCCAAAUCAAUAAUAGCUUUUGCAUUAAAACAUUUCAACAAGCCCAUUUAUUGGAAAUAAUUAAUAACCAUAACAACAACUUCUCAUGAGUUAGUAGUAGUAAUAAUAAUAAAUGCAUAAUUAAAUGUAAAUGCAUCAAUAAUAAACACCCUUAAAUUAAUAUGUAGCAAUGUAGCUUCAUCCAUCAAGGAUGAUGUGA